CCUCAUUCCUUUUAUUUAUGGUUCUUGUCUUGUCUUGCAAAAAGGUGCGACUUGAUGUAAAUAAUUUGUACCACUCAGAUUGAAAAACCGCACACACCGUUUAUCAACCAGAGAUACUAUUAAUAGCUAGCUAGUACAGUUGUACCGGUAGCAGCUCUUCCUUCCACUGGUAUGUACUCGUAGCUUCUCGCUUGGCUUGGCUUGGCGGAUUCACAGAUACCGGUAUAGAGAUCCGUAUCGUAUCAUUAUUAAGAUUAGUAUCCGACCAUGACGACUACGACCUCUACCCCCUCCACUCGUCUACAUGUACGAGAAGAACAAGAGGAAGGAGAGCUUAUGGUAAUGCCAUUGCCGACGCUGCGGUAUCACAAGAGCGAUUACGCGGUUGCCGGAGGGACUGCCCCCAACAGUGCUUCUACGACCGAAGAAGAGGACGAACACGAACUCGAUGACCUCCUCGGCGACAGCAGUAAUGUCCACCAUAGCAACAAUAACAACAACAAUGAACUGAUUGAACAAUUCAUGGCGCGCAUGGGUCUGACGGGCGAGGGCUCCGUUCGACAGUCGCUGCUCAGCAUGACAUCCAGUCUGACGCUCACGGAUUUUGAUGAAUUGGAAGAAGACGACAUUUACGGGGAUCACAAUGUCGAUCAUGAUGACAAUUUCCAACAGCAACAACAACCGUUGGACCAAGAUAACGACUGUGUCCCAACUUGUCCUGCACGACGGGUGAGUCUGCAGCAGACAUCGCAACAUACUUCUACGACUACAAGUAGUACCAACCACAACACUCCGAGUACGAUCCAAACAACAACAACAACAACCGAUUGCAUGCCGAAACGCCCCGGACGACGGACCAGCGAAACCACGUGCCAAUCGAUUCCCGAAGAUUCCAUUGCCACGCCAAAGGAAGAUGUCGACGAGCUGUUGACCAGUCUCAGUGGUCAUCAUCGUGUCGAUGCCAUGCCCAAACGACCGCGGCGACGCAAUUCGGAUAGUACUUGUAAAUCCAUUCCGGAAGGAACGGCCUUUUGCGAUUUGAAAGAUUACGUUCCCAUUGUACCGGCACGACGACAAAGCGACAAUCGGAGUGCGUGCAAGUCCAGUAGUAUUGUCAGUCUACGAGCGUAG